GCUGUUGGUUCGGCUUUGGAGACACUUAUGAAAAUUUAACUCGCUGUACUGUGCUCGUAGCGUUUCAAGCGUUGCGCUGUCGUUCCGUUCGAAACGCUAUUAGUGAAGGAUGUGUUGCUAAUUAAUUGCGCUCCACGUUGGUCCUCGCGCGCGUCUUUGUCGCUUAAUUAUCGAAACUGUAGAAAGCUCGACUCAUCACUUUGGAUUAUCCCGUCGCAACCACACCGUAACCGUUAUUUGCAUAAAACAGCACUUCGCCUGUGAUAGGCAAAAGACUGGCAAAGUCCGAAUUUCGCAAAAAAAAAAAAAAACAAUAAAAUUUGCAUAUCUCGAGGGGCAAGAGCGGACGCCCGCGCAAAGUGUAGACAAAAUUUAUCGCCGCUUGUUGUGACCCCGUUAACGCGUUUGUACAUUGCUAAUAGACAAAAGUGCGCACCUGUUACGCGUCAAGUGCACAUUAUCGCAGUGCUCGUUUUGGUGAAAUUCCCGGGGCGUUGAGGCGAAUUUACUGUGUUUUGCGAACUUCGCGUACUUCGCCGUCAAAGGUGACGAGAACUCGCUGUCAUCGUUGGUGUUGCUGCUGGUGGCACUUGGCAGUAUUAUUUUAGGCAUCCGUCCGCCCCCACGCACCGCCACCCACGGGGCAGUGAAGCAUUCGCACAUUCGUACGAAAUUUAAUUAAGCCACUCAAGUGUGCGCGUGUGUGUGAGCGCGUACUCGCAAAGCACACACACUUACCAACGCCCGCACGCCGGUGCGUGGGCGUUACUGCAUUUCUUCGCAUUCCGCGCGCAUCGGCUGCAUACCCACGCCCUCGUUGCCAUAGCCACGCACAACACGGCCGCGAAAACGCUUCUAACAGCGCGGCGCGUUGCUUAUAGCUGCACAGUUGCGCAGUCUACUGUGAACGCGUAAUUGCUUGUGGCACGCCUGCCGCCGGCGCAUCGCUGCUGCCCUUCACCUCUUCCGCACGCAUUUUUCUUUCAUUUGAACGCGCUCGGGUGCUCGCGAGUCGGUUGUGUUGGCCACCGUACAUCGUCAUCGGCAGCGUUUCACCCGAAAAUGGCUUCUCAAGUUUCCACUGCCAGUAUGCUUCUCGAGCCAGUCCGCCGUUUUACCACACGCCGCAAAUCCGUAUUUGCCGAAGCCUAUGAUCCAGAAAACGACGCCGACGAUGACGAGGCCGAACGCAAGGUCUAUCCCAAAUCAGAUGAGCAACGUGCACGUCUAACCGAUUCGGUGAAGAAUGUACUGCUGUUCCGUUCGUUGGACGAUGAACAGAUGAAUCAAGUAUUGGACGCCAUGUUCGAGAAGCGAGUGCAGCCGGACGAGUUCAUCAUUCGCCAGGGUGAUGACGGCGAUAAUUUCUAUGUUAUUGAGUCUGGAGUUUACAAAGUAAUUUGUAAUGGUGAUCAUAUUUUCACUUACGACAAUACUGGAAUAUUCGGUGAAUUGGCAUUGCUCUAUAACGUACCAAGAGCCGCCUCCAUACAGGCUGUCACAGAGGGCCUACUCUGGGCCAUGGACCGUCAAACGUUCCGCCGCAUUCUAUUGAAGUCCGCUUUCAAAAAGCGAAAAAUGUACGAGACGCUAUUGGACAGUGUACCAAUGUUGAAAGCGUUGAAGUCCUAUGAACGCAUGAAUUUGGCCGAUGCAUUGGUUUCCAAGCACUUCUCUAGUAAUGAGAGAAUCAUCAAACAAGGUGACGUCGCUGAUGGCAUGUACUUCAUAGAGGAUGGUAAUGUUUCGGUGAAAAUGGAUCAAGAUGGCAAGGAGAUAGAGAUUUCGCGCCUAGGUAAAGGUCAAUAUUUCGGCGAGUUGGCUUUGGUUACACACCGACCACGCGCUGCUUCCGUCUAUGCAGAUGGAGAUGUCAAAGUUGCAUUCUUAGAUACCGAUUGCUUCGAGCGUUUGUUGGGCAAAUGUGCGAAUUUGUUGGAGAGCGGCAUCAGCGGUUACCGCUACCUAGACGAUGAUUUGCGCAUUUAUUAUGACAAUAUGAAAGUGCUGCAGGACAUUAAAUUGUAGAGCCAUUCAUUCCGUUUGCUUGUUGUUUUAUCAUUUUAAUAUUAGUUGUAUGCUUUCAUUACUUAACUUUUGUUAUUAUUAAUUAUUUCUAUGCAAAAACCGAAAACUCUUCAUUUCGAUUUAAAAAAGUAAACUUUCCUUUUAACCUUCUUAUCCACAAAUCUAUUUUAAUGCCCUUUAAAUUCUCCUUAAAAAAUCAUCAAUAAUAAAACUCAAUAAACAAUCAAAUGCUUGAAUCGACUUGUGCUUGGCAAUGCGUGAAAGAUUUGGACAAGAGCGCUUUCGAGCGAAUACUCGGGUUCCUUACGGAUGUGCUCAAGCGAAAUGCAGAAAUCUAUGAAGAACAGUUAUCGAAUCUUGCACGGGAGAAUAUAUUUUAAAAAUCAUUCACUUUUCUUAUGUAUGUAUGGACAGUAGUUUUUUGUAUACGUUUGUGUUGAAUUUCGUGCACUCAAUGUUACAAGUCUCCAGGGAAAUCCAGAACGGAAUGGAUGCUUCUAAAUACAUUCCGUUUUGAUACUAACGCUGAGUAAAUGUUAUAAGAUUUAUAUGCAUACAAAUAAAUGCAAAGCAAAAAAAUAUUUUAUAAUUAUUUCAAGUUAUGAAAACUGGCAAAAGAUAGAACUGAUACACUGUGGGCAAAAAAUAGUAAGACUUUCCACCAUUCGCUGAAAUAUUUUUUUCUAGGCCGGUAUGACAGUUACAUCUGUGCCAAACGUCACAUCAAAAUAAUCAUUAGUGCUUAGUAUAAGCUUGUCUUUCUGAAGAACAUAAAGUGCAUUCGGCGAUUUUUAGUGAAAUUAGUCAACAAAGAAGUUCCAUUGAAUCAAUACUUCCCGGCUACCAGCAUGCUAUGAAACAUAUUAAGCGUCACGUCAAAUCAAGGUUAAGUUGACAGUUUUCUUUGAUUAUUGAGAUGCCAAGCACUCCGAAUUCCUUCCGGCCGGCCAAACU